CCGCGCAGUCCCUCGCUGCUAUGCUCGUUCUCAAGCUCUACGAACAACAGCCUGCCACGCCUUAAAUAUCCUCACACUAUCUGUACUAUAUCCUCCAUGCAUACCGCCUUGCUUUGUACAAUCCAUUCCACUCACUUUUCUGCCCUGUUAUUUUGCACAAUCACCCCCUUUUCCUGUCCUUACGCGUUUGAACAAUCGAUCUAUUGUACAUCAUCUUCUUGUUUUUUUUUUUUUCAUCUUCCUAUUAUUCUUAUAAGGCAACAUUCACCUUCUUUUGCUUGUUUUUUUUUUUCUAUUUGAUGGUGUGACCUACACCAUUUCCAAAAAGUCAAAAAUACUUCAUUUUGUACAUAACUUUCUUUAUCAGAACCCUAACUUUUUUUCUUCUGAGAAUCUGGUUGCUAUAUCCCCUCCGCCAAAAAAGAAAAAAAAAAAGCACAACAGCGCACUCAUACCAGUCAGUUUCUACUUUACCUUCUUACUUUCAUUUUGUUAACUGUGUUAUAUU